AUGAUACAUUCUGAAGCCGAACCAAGCGGUAAGCGUACCCACUGCGGAUCCGGCCAGUACGUCAAAGCCAUGGUUCCUGAAGUCGAAAUACCUGGUUCCGGCAACGAAAAUGGCAAGACCGAGUGGGAUAUACGGCAAUGGAAGCAGGAAAGCUGGUGA